ACGUUAUUAAUCUCAAACAUACUAUACUACAACUAAUUCCUCUUCCUCCGUUGAGUUCUUCACAGUUCUUGGUUGGAACCACAUAACUAGAAAAGCAAAUUAAAAUGAUAAGCAAAGCUUCUUCUGUCAUAUGCUGCUUGUUCAUGAUUUGGAUUCUCAUGGUUUCAUCUGCACCCUCUGACAACUACGGACAUAGUAAAAUUACUGGUGCAAGUAUUCACGGCAAUUCUUCUAUGCCAUCAGGACCAAGUGGUGGACCUACCACUCCCGGCAGCCCUCUAGGAGCUGGACAGAAUCACUCCAAUAGGAUAAGGUUGGGUUCUUCACUCUCUCCCAACACCUCGCACAAUUCGUGGCUCUCACCUUCCGGCCUCUUCGCAUUUGGUUUCUACCCAAAACAGAAAGGAUUUGCAGUUGGAAUAUGGCUGGCUAGUAAUCCUACAACCACUGUUGUUUGGACUGCAAAUCGAGAUGAUCCACCAGUCUCUUCAAACACCACACUUGAGUUCACCAAACACCGCGGGCUUUUCCUUUGGACCCGGAAAGGGGAAGGAAUAUCCAUCACAGACGAACUUGAUGAGGAUGCAGUUUCAGCUUCUAUGCUUGAUACUGGUAAUUUUGUGAUCUACAACAAUCAAUCCAACGUUACCUGGCAAAGCUUCGAUUACCCAACAGAUACUCUAUUAGGCAGUCAGUAUCUGGAUUAUGGCGAAGAGUUGCUCUCCAGUGCAUCGACAACAGAUCAGUCAAGUGGACGGUUUCAUCUCAUAAUGCAAAAAGACGCAAAUCUUGUUGCAUACCCUGUCAACAGUUCUGAUCGACCUGAGGAUUCUUAUUGGAAUUCAAACACUGUGAAUUUGGGUGGACGAUUAAAUCUCACCAGUAGAGGCCUUCUAUGUUUAAGCAAUUCUUCUAGUGGUGUUUGCAUGCACACUCUAGUUAACAGCUCAUAUUCUGGCAAUAACAAGAAGAUAAUUUACCGUGCAACGCUUGAUGCUGAUGGAAUUUUUAGGCUCUACUCACAUAGCUUUGGAAUCAGGGAUAACUCUACCGGGCUGAUACAGUGGUCUGCGCUGGGAAACCGAUGUGAUGUCAAAGGCAUCUGUGGUGUUAAUAGCUUCUGCUUGAACACCGACACCAUAGCCAAUUGUUCUUGCUUUCCUGGUUUCACAUUUCUCCACCGCGAUAAGAAGUUCCUGGGCUGCUACCAGAGCUUCAUCGAUCAACAAGGUUGCACAAGGAGAGACCCAACAUCGAUCUACAACAUCACUGUUUUAAGAAAUACUCAGUGGACUGGCUAUCCUUAUUCUGUGAUCUUGACGAAUAAGGAAGAAGAUUGUGGUCGGUCUUGCCAGGAAGAUUGUAAUUGUUGGGCAGCUCUGUAUCUGAAUGAUACUUGCAAAAAGCAUAAACUUCCAUUGCUAUAUGUAGUUUCAAAACCAAAUACGUCAAUCACGGGCUUCAUCAAGAUUGGCCACAACUCCUCAGUUCCAGAGAGUAAUCCUUCAAAUUCAACGAUUCUUGCUGUGAUUCUGGGUUGCCUUGCAUUCUUCUGUUCUGUCAUUGCAAUCUAUAGCUUUUUUAUCUAUAGACGUCGACGUCAUAGAUACAAAAGACUGUCUGAAAAUGGAAGUUUGGGCCUAAACAGCGAGUUUACUAUGAGAUCAUUUUCUUAUAGUGAGCUUGUGGAAGCUACAGAUGGGUUCAAAGAAGAAUUGGGCAGGAAUUCUUUUGGAGCAGUGUAUAAAGGAGCUAUAUCUGAUGCCGAGGGUAAAAAGCUCAUUGCUGUAAAGAGAAUAGAAAGAGAUAUGGAAGAAGGCAAAAGGGAGUUCAGAGCAGAAAUGACUGCAAUUGGGCGGACUCAUCACAGGAACUUGGUUCAAUUGCUUGGUUUUUGCAUAGAAGGUGCUAGCAAGCUUCUUGUUUAUGAAUUCAUGAAGAAUGGCUCGCUGGCAAAUCUUCUCUUCAAGGUUGAAAUGCACCCCAGUUGGAAAGAAAGAGUGAAAAUUGCAAUGGAUGUAGCAAGAGGGAUUUUAUAUCUACAUGAAGAGUGUGAGACCCGUAUAAUCCACUGCAACAUAAAGCCUCAAAAUAUACUUAUGGAUGAUUCUUGGACAGCUAAGAUAUCUGAUUUUGGAUUAGCAAAACUUUUGAUGCCAAAUCAAAUUGGAACCCUCACAGGGAUCAGAGGGACAAGAGGAUAUUUGGCCCCCGAAUGGCACAGAAACACCCUGAUAUCAGAGAAGGCAGACAUUUACAGCUUCGGAGUUGUGCUUUUGGAGAUCAUAUGUUGCAGAAGUAACAUGGAGGUUAGCGUGUCCACAGCAGAUGAGAUACUUCUUAUUGACUGGGUAUAUAAUUGCUUUGUGGCCGGAGAGUUGGAAAAGGUUGUGGGAGAUGAAGAAGUAGACAUGAAGACCCUGGAAAGGAUGGUGAAGGUUGGAUUGCUGUGUAUUCAAGAUGAUCCAAGUCUGCGUCCGUCGAUGAAGAAUGUGAUCCUUAUGUUAGAAGGCACUAUGGAUAUACCGGUCUCUCCAUCAUCACCUCCUUCAGUCCUUCCAUUGUGAUGGUUUGAUAUAUAUAUAUAUAUAUAUAUAUAUAUAUAUAUAUAUAUAUAUAUAUAAAACUUUUAUGGAGUUUUCAUAGAAUAAAGUGUACUGAGUAUGUAAAAGGGCAUGUUCUUAUAUUUCUUGGUCUUCAAUGGAACCAUAUAUGUUAAAUUGCUGUA